CAGGUGUAUAAACGUUUGGUUGAAAUUGGCCGUGUGGCUCUGAUUAACUCUGGACCUGAUGAAGGCAAGCUUUGUGUGAUCGUUGAUGUGGUGGACCAGAAUCGAGUGAGUUUAACCUUGCGAGGUUUCAAGUUGUUUAUUGGCCUAGUGUAUUGAGACUACUUUUGAAUGAACUUGAAAUCAAAAUUUGGACUUACUGAAAAAAGGUUUUGAGAAGGAUACCAAGUAUCUUUUCACUGACCUUCACUUUAAAUCACAAAUAUAUCGAUUAACCCAGUGAUGUGUAAACCGCAUCCAUCACUUUGUACAUGUAGAUCUCUGGGUAUUUCGCAUUUUAGUGAAGUUCUUUAUAACUGAAAUGGAAAUUUCUUUUUGUUAAAGGCCCUGAUUGAUGGACCGUGCACCAAUGUCUGUCGCAAGGCCCUAAAUUUCAAGCAUCUGUCCCUCACUGACUUCAAAAUCAAGGUGGGACCAUCAGCCAAAAGUGGCCCAGUUAAGAAAGCCUUUGAGAACGGGGAGAUCUUAGAAAAGUGGGAAAAGACCGCAUGGGCCAAGAAGCUUGCUACAAGGAAGAAGCGAACUACUCUGACUGAUUUUGAUCGCUUCAAACUUAAGCUGGCCAAGCAAAAGGUUUGUGCUACUAUUGUUAGUGGAGUAUUUUAUAUUUCUAUUGUAUACUUUUUGGAUGGGUGUGCUUAAUCGAAACUAAUGAAGUGUACUGAAUAUUUCACUGCACAACCGUCUUUCUUACUUGGUAUCCAAUUUUGUAAGUGCAGUGUCUGUGGAGUGUAAUGUUUAUUACUAAAGUUUUUAGUGCUCAAAAAAACGGCCAGUCGACAUUUUGAGCCCUGUGUUUUGAAGUGCAGUUACAACAAAUCUGUCUUUAUUGCUUGAAACAAAACUUAAUGUUGGUAAUACAACCACCCUGCUAAUAUGGGCAAAUUCAUAUGGCAUUAUUUGUAUGCAAACAGGGUUACAUUGUAUGUGGUAGCAACUGACCAGACAUUAACCCCUUUUGCUUGUCAUGUGGCCAAAAAAAAAAAUAUAAAUUCAAAUUUCUUUUUUGUACAAUUGGCUGAAGAAAUAAUGUAAAUUUAUACUUUAAAAAGUUUGCAAAAGUUUUGGCUGAGACAAUUCAUUUGAAUGGUGAUGCAGUAGAAUUUUGUCCGCAAAUGUAAAAAUUAGAUUGACAAAUAAUCUCACCUUGACUUGGCCUUGGAGUGAAGAGGUUUUACAUGCAGUCAUAUUCAGUGUCCUUGAGAAAUGAAUGUCGGUCGUUUCGCCAACAGUCGUUUCGCAAACGUCUUUGGUCAGUUCGUAAACGUGUAGAAGUCAGUUCGCAAACGUUUAGAAGUCAACUUGCAAACGUUAUCGUCACUUAUAUGUGUAGAAGCCAGUUCAGUUCAGAUUUCGGAUGUCAACAUUUGAGCAUACAAACUAACUCUCAAGCUUAGUCUUGUAGUUGAUUUCGCUCUAUCACAGCGUUUGCGUGUUGCAUGUACAAUAGCUGUAAUCCGCAAAUCAAUCUACUAAUAUGAAACCUACGAGGUAAGCUGUAUGAAACAAAACGCGUACUUAACCACACGCGUGUAAGCGAAGAGGACAAACAAGUAUCCUAAAGGACUGGGUUUAAAUAAAGCCACUUCAAAAUGGCGGUCUGUUCAACUUCAACUUCAACUUCAACUUUAUUUCAUAAGACUAUUGGUUACAAUAGACUGGCCCGCAAAAUAGCAAUUGCUAAUCUAGGCAGACCAGUUAAAAGAAAAAUAAAUUGAAAGGAAAAGAAAGGAAAAGGAAAAGGAAGGAAAAACUACAAUUUUAAGUUACAAUAAAUAAUAUUCUAUCACAGUUUUAUUUUAAUUACAUUAAAUCUGAACAAGCAAACAAACAAAAUACUUUAAUACAGAAAUCACUAAACUAUUAAUCGAACUUUUUCAACUAUUAAGGGCGUCUCAAUAUAGUCAUCUUCUCUUUUUAAGAUAUCUGAAAGCAAUCUCUGAAGUACUUUCCUAAAUUUCUUUUUAGGAAGAUCUCUAAUAUGACAAGGCAUCUCAUUCCAAAGUUUUACACCAAAGCGAGACAAGGAGUUUUUGUGUAUUUCCAGCUUUGAGCUUUUGACGUGAAAGUUACCUGAACUAGAUGAUCUUGUAUAGUAUGAAUGAAUUGUUGAGGUUUUUUCAAAUAAAUUGAGCAGAUUUGUUGGCGAAUUGUUGUUGUUAAUAUCGUGCAUUAGAUUAGCCACAGUUUUAUAAUACAUAAAUGACACUGGUAAUAUGUCAGCGUCGAUAAAUAGAGGAAUUGCGUGUUCACGUAUAUCCGUAAAAUACAUCAUGCGAAGCACUUUCUUCUGGAGAAUUAAAAUGCUAUUGAGAGACGUCUCUGUUUGUACCCAAUCGACUUGUAGUCAGUGUGGUGAGUCAUCCACUGUCCAUUUGAUUAAGAAGUAUACUUAAGCGGGAAAUAAGCUGUGAGAUUUCACAUCCAAUAAUUUACGCAUACAACGUGUAAGUAAUGUAGUAUUCUGAAUCGUAUAGUUAAACCCAGGUUGACAUGUAAAUGUUUGUAAUGUUAAAUUUCAGAUCAGGUUGACAUAUCAAUGUUUAUAACGUUUGCGAAUUGACUUCUAAACGUUGGCGAACUGGCUUCUACACGUUUGCGAACUGACCAGAGAUGUUUGGGAAACGACUGUUGGUGAAACGACUUGUUGGCAAAACGACCGGUUACCUGACAAAUAAACAGUAUUUUCUAUGAGGUUUCUUUUGAAUGGCAACUUGGUAGCAUUUUGUACAGUUUGUUAGGGUGGCAGAUAAUCACCAUGGUGUGGUUUAGGAGUUGAAGGGUUAAUUAACAAAUAAGCAACAAUUUCCCAUGGUCUGCACUCUUAUUAAUAAUAGAAAUGGUGUCAAAAUGUUCAAAACUCAAGUGGAACCAUGAGCCUUAGGUGAGUGGUUUUACUGCAAAGUUUUGAACAUGUUGACAUCAUUGCCAUGGUCAAUAAGAGUAUAGACUAAGGAAAAUAAAUUGUUGUUGUCUAUUUGUUUUGUACAAUAACAUUGACAGCUUUUGUUGUUAAAGUUUCUGUUUAAGUUUUCUGAACAUUGUAUGCACUAAAAAGAGUAUUAAUAUUAUUGUACAACCAUCAUACCAUUUCCAUGCUGUGCACUCUCAUUGACCAAAACUCUCAGCCAAUCAGCACCAGCAUGCAAAGAAAGUUGUGUCUGAUAGCAUGGGGUUAGUAAAUUUUGCUAUCAGGCUAGUGAAUUCUGUUCUUAGCUUGCCUGAUGGGCAAGAGUACAUAAUGUAGUUUUUUUGAGGUAUUCAAAUAAUAUUACAGAAGAACUGUGAAGUCAGUUCAUCAAAAAGUUUUUGGGGCUAGUUGAAAUGGCGUGCGGGCUAGUAAAUGCUGGGAACAGCUUGCCCGAAUGGCAAGCUUAAAAAUGACUUUCUUUACACCCUUCUGCGAACAAGAAAUCACUCAGUAUUGUGAAAGAAGGCACUGAAUAAAGCAUGGGUCACAUUGGAGCUUUUAUGAGCUAUAAAAGAUGCAUCUUUGUUUUUGUUACCUAUACAAAAUUACGUUAUAUAAAACAUGGUUGAACUUGAUGUAAAACAAUACUGUGACAACUUACUAAUCAUUCCUUAGGCCUGUUUACAUGUACAUAUACAUGAACUUCACAUGAGCUGAAUUAAGUUCCUGUGAAGUAUGGUGUCUGGAUCAAUUCAAAAUGGGUAAUUCAAUUUGGGUCGGCUUAGCUAGGAAUAAUGGCUGUGAACCUUGCAUGAGCCAAACGAAGUGCAUAAUUUUUUACAAUUUAGUUUACUGAAAUGUAUUUUUUUUGCCUUUUGAAAUUAGUUCACCUGGGGUAAAGAUGAGUGUUUGAAUCAAUUUGAUUCCACUUUAAUUUGAAUUUACUUGAUUCCGCUCAUAUGAAGUACAAUGCCUUUGUUUGUUUGUUUGCCUAUUUGAAUGCCUAUUUUUAUAUCCGCGGUUUGUGAAUAUCCUGUAGAUUUGAAGUUAUAGCACCUAAAUGAUGUGAUUAGCUAUAAACCCUAUGUGUAAAUGUUGUCGUUAAUUUUUUCUUGACUUGUGAGUAUAUCGCAAACAUUUAGAAUUUUCAUUUCUUUUUUCCAAAAUCUGCUUGUAAAUCUAAGGCAGAAAAAUAUAUCUUAAUACAGAAAAUUUUAACUUUCAUCUUUUGUGUUGAAUUUUACAAAUUUUUUUUGUUUAUAAGUUCUUUUUCUUUUCUUUUUUUUUCACAGAAAAACAGAGUGCUCAAAACUGAACUGAAGAAGUUGCGAAAAGAGGCCAAGCUGUAA